CCCGGCGCUAGCGCGGAGGCGGUGCCGGGCGCGGCGCAGCGCGGAGGAUGCUGCGGGAGGGGGGGGCCGCCGCUGCCAGCCCCGGUGCCGGGCGGGAGGGUGCCCCUCUGCAGCCCCCCCGCUGAGCCCCCGGCCCGGCCAUGGGGGCGCUGACCAGCCGGCAGAACGCAGGGGUGGAGGAGGUGGACGUCCCCGCUAAUUCCGUCUAUAGGUACCCCCCGAAAUCCGGGAGCUACUUCGCCAACCACUUCAUCAUGGGAGGCGAGAAGUUCGACUCCACGCACCCCGAGGGUUACCUCUUUGGCGAGAACAGCGACCUCAACUUCCUGGGGAACCGGCCCGUCCUGUUCCCUUACGCCGCUCCACCUCCCCAGGAACCCGUCAAGACCCUCAGGAGCCUGAUCAACAUCCGCAAGGACACCCUGCGCCUCGUCAAGUGUUCGGAGGAGGUGAAGACCCCGGGGGAAGAAGUGAGCAAAGCCAAGGUGCACUACAACGUGGAGUUCACCUUCGACACGGACGCCCGGGUGGCCAUAACCAUCUACUACCAGGCGAGCGAGGAGUUUCACAACGGGGUGGCGAGCUACGUCCCCAGGGACAGCAGCCUGCAGUCGGAGACGGUGCACUACAAGCGGGGCGUGUGCCAGCAGUUCUGCGUGCCCUCCCACACCGUCGACCCCUCCGAGUGGACCGAGGAGGAGUUGGGCUUCGACCUGGACCGGGAGGUGUUCCCCAUGGUGGUGCACGCGGUGGUGGAUGAAGGCGAUGAGCACGCCGGGCACAGCCACGUGCUGCUGGCCACCUUCGAGAAGCACGCCGACGGCACCUUCUGCGUGAAGCCCCUCAAGCAGAAGCAAGUGGUGGACGGGGUGAGCUACCUCCUGCAGGAGAUCUACGGCAUAGAGAACAAGUACAACACGCAGGACUCCAAGGUGGCCGAGGACGAGGUGAGCGAUAACAGCGCCGAGUGCGUCGUCUGCCUCUCGGACGUCCGCGACACCCUCAUCCUGCCCUGCCGCCACCUCUGCCUCUGCAACACGUGCGCUGACACCCUGCGCUACCAGGCCAACAACUGCCCCAUCUGCAGGCUGCCUUUCCGAGCCUUGCUUCAAAUCCGAGCCAUGAGGAAGAAGCUGGGGCCCCUCUCGCCCACCGGCUUCAACCCCAUCAUCGCCUCGCAGACCUCGGACUCCGAGGAGCACUCGUCCUCGGAGAACAUCCCCCCGGGCUACGAGGUGGUGUCGCUGCUGGAGGCCCUCAACGGGCCGCUGACGCCCUCGCCGGGCGCGGUGCGGCUGCGGGCGCUGGGGGACGCGGCCCCCCCCGGCACGGGGCCGCUGCCCCCCUACGGCAGCGACGGCCGCCUGCCCCCCCUGCGCGCCCUCUCGCCCCUCGAGCGCCUGUCGGACUGCGCCCCGCCGGGGCUCAAGCUGAAGAAAAGCAUCUCCAAGUCCAUCUCGCAGAACUCCUCCGUGCUGCCCGAGGAGGAGGACGAGAAGUCGGGCACCGAGUCGGAGCUGAGGGGCACCAGGAGGAAAUCUCCUGCCCGGCUGGAGGAGGAGUGCGGCGUCACACCGGAGAGCGAGAACCUCACCCUGUCCUCGUCGGGCGCCAUCGACCAGUCCUCGUGCACCGGCACCCCGCUGUCCUCCACCAUCUCCUCUCCAGAAGAGCCCGUCAGCAGCAGCCUGGCCCAGUCCGUCAUGUCCAUGGCGUCCUCGCAGAGCCAGCACUCGCAGCUCAGCACCGACACCGUCUCCUCCAUGUCCGGCUCCUACGUGGCCCCCGGCACGGAGGAGGAAGGGGACACGCUGCCCUCGCCCGCGGCCGCCACCGCCUCCGACGGAGAGUCGACCCCUGUGGAGUCCCUGGAUAUCAACUUCGUCAGCAUCUCAGCCGAGGAGCAUGACGCCGAGGGCAACGCCGUGCUGGAGGACGAGGACGCGUCGCCCACGCAGGACGACGGCCGGAGGACAGGCGCGUUCCUCGGUCUGAGGUGUGACAAUAACAAUGACUUGGGCAUCGCACACGUGAAAGCGCUGGACAAUAAGCUGUGCUCUGAGGCCCGCUUACCUGGCCCGGAGGCAGCCAACACCGACGUGCGGCUCCUGCGGAGCAGGCGGCGGCCGUGGGAGCGCCUCCCGUGCCAGGGCUCAGCCCGGGGGGGGGCAUGCACCCCCCCGCCACGCACAGAGGGACCCGGGCACCGCCACCUCCACCCCUGGGCUGUAGCGGAACUGACUAUUUUUGAAAGAAAAGACGAUAACCUCGUAUUUCCCUCCCUGUCCCCUGUCACAGUGGAAGGACGGGGUGGCCACAGCUGGGAGCACGGGGGGGGAGGGGGGGGCGAGAGCUGUGUCACCUCGCAGCCCCCCCCCGUCAGCACCCUUCUGUCCCCCAGCACCAAUGGGGACAGGCUGGGGUCCCCCUCCUGCCCCACGUGCGUCCCAGUGGGACGGGACAGGGUCACCCCAAAAAGGGGGUCCUGGGGCACCGCCACAGGGGGACGAUGGCAGGAGGGUGCCCACGGGUUAAGGACAAGUGGCAGCAGUGGCAUCCUCGGUGCACGAGCCGGUGACCUCCGUGGGGGGCUGGCCCUCCCGGUUUGCUGGCACGUCCCCGUGCCAUGGGAUGUCCCCACUGGUGCACUGGCGGUGAUGGCACUGCCCCUCCCCGGCCCCCCGCACCCCCUUUCUCCUCCUGGGCAGCAUGCGAGCUCCACGAGGUGGCUUGUCCCCAGGGAUGGAGGGGGGGUGGCAGGGACCCGGUCCCCGCAGUCACCAGCGCCCCGGGGCAUCGCCAGAUUAACCUCACUGUCUUCCGCCCCGCUGCGAGCUUGGGGCUCGGGGCUGUGCCCUCUCUCUGGAACAAGUGCCAAAAGUGUCACCCCUGCCACCCUGUCCUGCUCUGUGUGCCCGUCGCACUUCGUAGCAGGGGCUGGGCGAGGGUGGGGGAGCUGCCCCCCAUCCCUCCAUCCCCAUCCCUCCAUCCCCAUCCCUCCAUCCCUGGGCUGGCAGCGUUAGGGGGGUUUGCUCAGGGGGACGGGCACUCAGGGACCCGUGGGGCAGGGAUGCAGCCCCAGACCUCGGGGACCUCAUGGGGCCGUUGGCAGAGGCCAGGCUCCAUGCUGAAGAGCACCAGGGUCCAUCAAAAGCCUCCUCGGGGACCAGCACCCCAACGCAGUGAGCUUUGCCCCCCCCCCGGAGGGGCUGCUGAGCCCCUUCCCCACGGUUUUCUCAGCAGCACGAGCUGGGCGAGAGCCCCCGAAGCAGAUGUGAGAGCAAAGCCCCUCUCCUCCUUCCAGGAGGAAACUGAAUUUCCGAGCUACUUUAGGACAGAAAGGUGGGUUCUGGAAGGGAA